AUGACUGCUGGAGAUGUGAUCAGAAGCAUCUUGAAAUAUGGCUCUAUCUCUGCUGCAUCAUGCGUUGCAUUGUAUGCCAUCUUUCUGGCGCUUAUUGCAACCCCCUUUUUUCAGACACAUGUUAUCUACCUCCACAAGAUUCAGAUGACCUGGUUUAAGGAUCUUGAUACUCCGGAAAUUUGGGGAUUCCUUCAUAACCAGGCUACCCCUUUCUUCAUAAAAACUCCAGACGGUCACUCGCUUUAUGCCUGGCAUGUCCUCCCCUUAGAACUAUACCGGAAGCAUGAGCGGUCCCUCUUGAGUGAGCCAUCCGGAUUUGUCUCGGAUUUUAAGUCCCGUGUUGCUUUCAAACUACUACGCGAUGACCCCGAAGCUCGCUUGGUAUUACAUUUUCAUGGAGCUGCCGGAACCGUCGCCUCUGGAUAUCGACCGGCCAAUUACCGUGCUUUGUCUGCCGGUUCUCCUGGAAAGAUUCAUGUCUUAACUAUUGAUUACCGUGGAUUUGGUCGAAGCAGCGAUGUAGCUCCCUCUGAAAAUGGCCUUAUUAUGGACGCUAUAGCUGUUGUUGACUGGGCUAUGAAUGUUGCCGGAAUUCCGUCUUCUCGCCUGAUGAUUUUUGGCCAAUCGAUUGGUACUGCAGUUAGUUUGGCUAUCUUACAACAUUUUGCCAUGCAAUCACCACCGGUAUCAUUUGCCGGAACGAUCCUAGUAGCCCCAUUCGUCAACUCAGCAAGCCUCGCAGCAACUUACAGCCUUGCUGGUACUAUCCCCCUGCUGUCACCAGUUGCCAGAUUUUCCAUACUUUUUAAGCGGCUUAGUUCUCUCAUACGCGACAAAUGGCUGAGUAGCAACCGUCUUGGUGACUACAUCGGUGCAAACGAGUUGAAUAAUGAGAAAUACAGGAUGACAUUAAUCCAUGCUGAAGAUGACUACGAUAUCCCAUUUCAUCAUACCCAAUCUCUUUUUUGGAGUGCUGUCAAUGCGACGGUACCUGAAGGCAUUACAUACAAAGAAUUAGAUUUGAGAAAAGCGACAGAAAAGAUUGAUAAUACUGCUGCAGGAACGGUGAUGGAGUGGCACACGGAUAAUGGAGUCAUUAGAGAACAAAUUUUGAAGACUGGACUGCAUGAUGUCAUCAUGGGCUAUCCAGUUAUUUCUCUAGAGGCUAUGCGUAUUUUUACCGCCUCCGACCCAACAUUUACCUGA